AGGAGGGAGGAAGCACAGGGGACCGGACAUGGUGUGUGAGGAGAGCUUGGUGGUGUACACACCCUUCGUGGGGAAGAUCAACCACAAGCCCUACGGAAACAGCAAUGCCACCAACAACAGAGUCCAGCUUUCAGGAUUCUGUGUUAAGUUGUCCUACAUCAAACAUGAUGACCCCAUCAAGAAGGGAGAGAAAAUCAGCAUCCUUCCACAGGUCUACCAAGGAAUCACAUCCCAUGUCCAUAUCUAGAACUGUGACUUAACAGAUCCUACUCCCAACCUGUACACCAGGGGCAAAGCCUUCAGCCCUCCACUUCUGUAUUCAUUAUUUGCCUGGGCAUAG